GUACUUAUAGUAAAAUAGUUGAACCUGAAGUUCUGUUUAACAGCUUUGUGCAGGACUCGAGAACAUGCACAAUUUAGAUCCACCAUAUGCUCAUAAUGAUGUCAAGCCUGGUAAUGUCCUCAUAACUCAUGGGAAAGGACAACCACCACUAGCCAUAUUGAUGGAUUUUGGCAGUGCUCUGCCUGCAAGGAGGCAGAUUCAAUCUCGUUCUGAGGCACUACAAUUGCAGGUGUUUUUUUUGUUCCCCCAGUCAAACACAGACACACACAUGCAAUGCAUCAGUUACCCUACUAUGAAUGACAUUCAUCCAAUGCUUUGGUAUUUGUAUGAGGAAUGGGCAUCUGAGCAUUGUUCAUCACCUUUUCGAGCUCCUGAGUUGUGGGAUUGUCCAAGUAAUGCAGAUAUCGAUGAGAGAGCUGAUAUUUGGUCAUUAGGAUGCACUUUAUAUGUGAUAAUGCGAUAAUGUUUUUUACCAUGUGAUUUAAGAUUUAUUAGUUUAAGUUUUCGGGUCUUUGUCUCCUGAGAGCUAUAAUAUAAUUUGAUGACAGUGUUGAAUGUUUUAAACUAAUUUGUGGAUUAUUAAUACAAUGUUGAAUGCUUUUUACUUUUUGUUA